UCUAGUACACAACCACAACACACAAAUUAGCUACAGCAAGCAAAUCAUGUCUAUCCGAACUUUUCUAUCACUUCAAACGCCACAAAUUCCUCAGCCUGAUAUUGUUCGGCGGACAACGAAUUUUCAACCAAGCAUUUGGGGAGAUCGGUUCAUUAACUAUGCCUCCCAGGACAACAAUAUAACUGCUGGCCUUUGGAAGCAGCAGGUUGACCAACUGAAAGUAGUAGUCAGGAGGGAUGUUUUCAGAAAUGCGGCAGGUAAUUUUUCAACACAGAUGAAGUCAAUUGAUGCAAUGCAGCGUCUUGGUAUCGCAUACCAUUUCGAAACAGAAAUAGAACAAGCAUUUGAACAUAUGCAUGAUACAUAUGUUCAGGAUGGUGAUUUGUACGAUGUUGCUCUUGGUUUUCGGCUACUAAGACAACAUGGAUAUAAUGUUUCAUCCGAUGUUUUUGACAAGUUCAAAGAUGCAAAUGGUAACUUCAAAGAAGGCUUAACUGCCAAUACGGCUGGUAUGUUAAGCUUUUAUGAAGCAACACAUCUAAGGAUGCAUGGUGAAGAUACACUAGAAGAUGCUGUGUUUUUCACCACAACUCACCUUGAGUCAUCUGCAACCCAUGUAAGUCAUCCACUAGCAGCAGAAAUAACGCAAGCCUUAGAGAGACCUCUACGAAAAAGUCCAGAGAGAUUAUGUGCAAGGCGUUACAUGUCAAUCUUACAAGAUAAUCCUAAAUCUUUGCAUCAUGAAGUAGUAGCUUUGUUGAAACUUGCAAAGUUAGAUUUCAAUCUUGUUCAGUCUUUGCACAAAAGGGAGCUCAAUGAGAUCUCUAGGUGGUGGAAAGAACUAGACUUUGAAAGGGAGCUUCCUUUCGCAAGAAAUAGGAUUGUGGAGUUGUACUUUUGGAUAGUGGGAGUAUUUUUCGAACCCCAAUAUGCCUCAGGGAGAAAAUUUCUAACAAAAGUAAUUGCCUUGGGGUCAGCUUUGGAUGAUAUUUACGAUGCAUAUGGUACAUUCGAAGAACUCGAGAUCUUUACUGAAGCAAUUCAAAGGUGGGACGUCAAUUGUAUAGAUGAAUUGCCAGACUAUAUGAAGAUAUUUUAUCGCAGGCUGCUGAAUAUUUGCAGUGAAAUUUGUUGUGAGUCAUAGAUAUUUUAGUAUGGGUCU